UUUGGUCCAUAUUGAAUGCCUUUCACAUUUUAUACUGUCUGGUACCUGCGACUGAAUCUUCAAGGUUUAUGGUCGACAGAAAAUUGAAACCUUCACUGUUUAUAGUUUUUUCCUCAUAGGUGUCUUCACAGAAAUUUAAGAUGGAGAAACUGUUACAGGGUGUUCUAAAAUUCAAAAGUCUUGUGCGACCUUCUCUGCUGCCACAACUAGAAAAACUCGCUCAUAAAGCCCAGCCACGCAUGCUUCUAAUAACCUGUAUGGACAGCCGUUUGUGUCCUACCAGUUUUACUCAAGCAGAUCCUGGUGAUAUGUUUAUUAUGAGAAAUGCAGGAAAUGUUGUGCCACACAAUCAGCUGUUUGGAGAAAACCAACAAAGUCCACUUUCAGAAAGAGCAGCUUUGGAGUUAGCAAUUUCCACAGGAGUCAAAGACAUAACAGUUUGUGGACAUUCAGACUGUAAGGCAAUGGACUGCCUUUAUCACAUGCAUAACACCACAGACAAAAAGAAGCAAGAUUCUGAAACUUCUUGGGUAUCAGGUUGGCUCAGACGGUAUGCACAGUCAUCACUAACAAAGUUUGAGAAGCUUGGGUUUCCUAUAGAUGGCAGUUCUAAGGAGAAAGAUAACUUAGAGAUUAUGUUUGAUAAAGAAAAAGAUCUAUCUGAUGUCGAUAAGCUUUCACAGGUAAACGUUCUUCAACAAAUGCAGAAUAUUAGAUCAUACGGAUUUGUACGCAAUAAACUUGAUGAAGGUUCAGUUCAGCUUUAUGGUCUUUGGUUCAACAUUGGCGAAGGUGAAAUGCUGUUGUAUUCAAAGACUCGCAAGAGAUUUGUUGUCAUAAAUAAAGAAACUGGAUUAUCGAGUCAGUGAAGGAGAAUUUUUAGGUUUGACUGAUACAGGAAGUUUUUAAAUUAUGACAUUAAUGUUAUUUUGGAUACUAAUAUGAUAAAGAUUUCCAUUGGGAGAUGGGCCCAAUGAAAUUUUUGUCGAUUUUCAUAGGAGUGAAAAUUAACUUGGUUCUAUGAAAAAUUUAUGAUUUUAAGUCUGAACAGAAGAGUAGUCAGGUACACCGCCUAGAAUUGCA